UGGACAUUAUCCAAAGUGUGAUAAUUCUAAGAAAUAUCUUCAUACCCUUAUAUAUUACAUAUGACGCGACACAUCCAUUCAACAUCUUAUCUUUUUUCUCUCUCCUGUGUUCUGUGUCACUGACUUGUCAAAACAUACCUUGACAUGUGCUUUGACGGGUUUAUCUCAGUUUAUCUCUGGCUUUGACAUAACCUUACAUAUUUAAACCACAUGUUUUUGUAGGUUUUUACGUUAUAACGGAUUGGAUUGGCUUUUUCACCCUAUACAGCAAAAUUUAUUAUUUCUAUCUGGCCAAGUACAGUGAAUAUACUUGUAUUUUCAACUUGCAAAUAUGGGAACAACAAAGCCGCUUUUCCGGGACAUCAAUGCUGAUGAUCCUGAUCCUGAGACCACAGAGAUCGAGUCUCUGUGUAUGAACUGCCACAAAACUGGAAUGACAAGAUUACUCUUGACGAAAAUUCCAUUCUACAAGGAGAUUGUAGUGAUGUCUUUUACCUGUGAACACUGUGGUUAUCAGAAUAAUGAGAUUCAGUCUGGAACCCCAGUUGCUGAAAAGGGGGUACGUUUCACGCUGCAUGUAAAAUCACAAGAAGAUUUGAAUAGGACAGUUGUUAAAAGUGAUUAUACAAGUAUCAAAAUUUUAGAACUGGAUUUUGAGAUACCUGCAAAAAGUCAAAAAGGAGAAAUAACCACAGUCGAAGGUAUCAUGAAUAGAAGCAUAUUAGGUUUGCAGCAAGAUCAACCAAUAAGAAGAAUACAGCAUUCAGAGGCAGCAGAAAAAAUAGAUGAGUUUAUUAAAAAAUUGGAGCAAUUGAAAACUGUUGAAAAGCCUUUUACCUUAAUGAUUGAAGAUAUAUCAGGGAAUAGCUUUAUAGAGAAUCCUAAUGCUCCAAAGGUAGAUGAAAACUGUAAAGUACACUACUUUGUUAGAAGCAAGGAUCAAGAUCAUGAACUGGGAUUGUACACCAAAGAAGAGAUAGGUGCAGAAGAAGCUAGAAAAGAAGACUCUCUACUCUAUCCUGUAAAAGAAGGAGAGUUUACACUGGAAGAUCUAGAAGGAGAAGUUUUUCAUUUUCCUACAAACUGCUCAAACUGCCAGUCACCAUGUGAAACUAACAUUAAGUUGACAAAUAUCCCCCACUUCAAAGAAGUACUCAUAAUGGCCACAACCUGUGAUGCUUGUGGUCAUAAAACAAAUGAAGUCAAAUCUGGUUGUGGUGUGGAACCAAAAGGACUUAAGAUCAAAGUCAAAGUUAGAAGUAAAGAUGACUUUUCCAGGGAUGUUUUGAAGUCUGAAACCUGUUCUUUGUCCAUACCAGAACUAGAACUAGAAGUGGGGCCAUAUGCUCUAGGUGGAAGGUUCACUACUGUUGAAGGGAUCAUCCAGGCAGUUAAAGAACAACUGUUAGAUUCUAAAUGUUCCGUACACAUGUUUGGUGAUUCUGUAGAGGCAAGGACAAAAGAACAGUACCAAGAGUUUAUGAAGAAGUUUGAUGACGUACUGGAUGCUAAAAUUCCGGUCACUUUAGUACUUGAUGAUCCUGCUGGAAAUAGCUACAUACAGAGCAUGAGAGAUGAUGGCCAACCAGAUGAAGGCCUUAGGAUAGAACAUUAUGAGAGAUCGUUCGAGCAAAAUGAAGAACUAGGAUUGAAUGAUAUGAAAACUGAAGACUAUGAUUCAAGCUAGUUAAAAGAAAAUCUAUUUUUUUCCUAAAUGUUCAUGUUGUAUUUUGUGAAAAACAUAUAACAAUAAAAUGACCGAUUAUAUGUUUUGCGUGUUACUUUCCAAGCAUGAACGUUACAUGUUUACUAUCCCUUUGAAGUGGAAACUGAAGGUCCAGUAAAUAUUGGACUCUAAGCAUUGUCAUAGUAACGUCAACCUCCUUUCCUGCACGGUCAAUCUAAUCCAUAGCUUUCUUCCGACAACGUCAACGCGGGUGUUCCCCAGGGAUCGGUAUUGGCUCCGAUAUUGUUCCUCCUUUCUUGUACGAUUAAUCAGAUCCACAGCUUUGUCGAUGACAGCAUUCUACAUGCAGGAAUUGAGAGUGAUAAGUCGAAGUUUGCCAGUGAGAUGGAGAAAAAAAGACUAGCAACGACUUCCCCUUUGACGAGCGACCUGGGGGCUAUCUCUGUUUGAGGACGCAGCAAUCUUGAAUAGUUUAAUGCUUUCAAAACAUAGUUAUGUACCCUGACGAAAAAGAGGCGUCCUAU